AGAGCAUUGGGCAAAUGCUGCAUUCUAGCAGUGGAGCUGAGAGUGUCUUUUUAAAUGAAGUGACAAACUUAAAGAAAUCAUUUGAGCUCUAUACUGUUUCAUACAUGCUCUGAACCAAAGCAGGGGCUAGGCGAUCUGCAUGAUUUGGUUGACAUCAUGCUAUUGACAUCAGGAGGCCAGUGAUGUCAUAGUGAUGUCAUAGUGAUGUCAAUGGCUUUAAUUGUAAAUGCUACUCAUAGCUACUAGUUACGGAGCACCGCAUAUAGAGAGCAGAGUGAGAGAGCACAGGCUGGAGCUCUAUGCGAGGCACAUGGCUGUUACAGGGGAUGAAACAGAAUCAGCUGCUACUGGUGAUAUAUCAGCAUACCAGAUUCACAACCCUGCCCCCAGUCUGCCACAGGGAGUAAUGAUGUCUGGCUCGCCCAACUCCAUGCAUUGCCCCCAGCAGCACACAGAAGAGGCCACACGCAAAAGGGAGGUGCGUCUUCUGAAGAAUAGGGAUGCAGCUAAGGAGUGCAGGCGGAGAAAGAGAGAGUAUGUCCGCUGCCUGGAGAACCGGCUCUCUGUGCUGGAGGUGCAGAACAAGAAGCUUCUGGAAGAGCUCCAGUACUUGAAGGACAUCUACAGUGUCAAGUCAAGCUAGGACAUUCUUCAGGGUCUACUUCCCAGCAACAACCAACAAGUGGAGGGGCAAUCACAACGCUGCCUUGACUGCUUUGCCUUUUCUCUCUUUUCAAUGUAACUUUCAUCUAAAAUAGCUGUUUUUCUUUUUCAAAUGUCUCAAAGGUUAAACUCUGCCAUGUAACACCCUGUGCUUCACUGCCGUUGCAAUAGAUUCUCCUCUGGCAUAUUUAGCUAUUUGAGAGGCCUCUAUGAGGUGCUCUGCACAAAUAUUUAUAACUGUUUAAGCAGUAAUGAUGUUUUUUUAUGAGGGUGUCAAAAGGUUUUGUGCUUUGUGAUUUUUUCCCCAAUUUUCAAAGGUACGAGCAUGUGCAUAAUACAUUGCUUCAUGUUUCAACUUUUUGAAAAUCACUUUCCAUCCCUGAACACAAGUGGAAAAGAUAAGCUGUCCAUGGAAGAAACAUAUAAAUAUAUGUGUGUAGUUCUGAUCUUUGUUAUGCUGUUUUGGGUCAAUCAGGCCUUUAAUUUAAAUGGAGUUUACUUGGAUAUGAUAGAGCUCUUUCCAACCAUUUGCCAUCAUUUAUUUGAUGCAACAGUGACCUUUGAUGUGACCAACAUACUACAUGUACUUCUACAAGUAAUGAAUCACCAAUAACGGUGGUUUAGUUUGUUUUAUGUAAUAUGCCUUAACUGUAUUUUUUGUAAUGAUUUUAAAUCCGUCACAACAGUACAGCUCUCUUUUUGAAUACAGAUUCAGAUAUAACAAACCAGCAUAGGCAAACUUUAAAGUGUUAUUUCAUGGGGAGUAUCUGAAGAUUGACAGUAAUUUAUUACCAUUGUAAUGCAUAAUGUGUGCAUUGCAGUGGACCUGUGUGAAAAAGCAUAAAUAUUUAAGUAUAUAUAAUAUAAUAAGCAUAAAAUGCAUUUUCUCCUUUUUUUCUUUUCUUUUUUUGUUAAAUGUCUGCCUGUUGAUUUUAAUACUUUUUUAAUUGUUUCUCUUUUAGUUUGAUUGGCACUAUUCUGUGUGACAGUUUUGCAACAGUGAUUGUGACAUUCAUUACUUUAACUUUGUCAAUUGUUGUCCCAAGUUCUAAAUUAAUAAAUAAAAAUAUCAUUAAUAAACAGA